GGUCGACGAAUGGCACGCUGUUUGUUUUCGCUGAGAGUCCGCCGUUCUCCGGCCUACAUCGGCAUUUAGCGGACGCUGUCGAUGUCUCCUUCAGCGUUGAAGUGCGUCUGCGUCUUGGCGGCACGCUCCGCUCAGCUGCGUUGUGCUGACGGUCUUCUUUUAUUAUCCACUGCGCACCAGGAAAAGGAGUUUUCGAGUAUCUUCUUUUUUCAGUCGACAGAAAGAUGGGCGCUGAUGCCGGAUAAUGUGUUUGAAAGCAACAACGUGUUCUUCCGCGGUUCCAACCAUUGUUGCUCGGCCAGCGGUAAACGCAGUCUUCAAAGCCGUCACGCGGCUUCUCUUUCACUUCUUGUACUGCCUGUUAAGCACUGCAAGUUUACAUCCAGCGUUUCCUUAUCUCGUGUGGCGUUGCGAAUGCACAGAGCCCGUUUCUGAAGACUGGAGAGGCGUCUUCUUCGUUAUGUGUGAUCCAGUACGACUCGCUGUCCCUUCCGCGCAGCAUCAGGUUUUUUUUUCCCGCUUUGUAUGUGGCAGUACAGGUGUUGCAUGACGGAGGCGACUGCUGAAGAUGACACCGUCUGGGUAGCGCUUCUCACCCUUGCCUGAUGCAGCGCAUGAGGUGACCGGCGCAGGUAAGCGUGUACCACGGUGUGUCUUUCACACAAGCGGAGAUCGCACCGAUGUGGCUGUACCAGCUGGUGACUGUGGAAGCGGUGGCCUUUCUACCUCGACGGCAGAACUACGGUGAGGUGUGAGUAAAAGAGAAGGACAUGUUUUUUUUGUCCUGCGCAUUUACCGUAUCUACAGGUGAGAGCUCAAACGGCGCCCGCUGCGAACGUUUUCUGCUCGCACCGUUCGGGAGAGGCCUCCAUCUCCGUAUUGACCUUUUUUCCCUUUUCAAUUGCGUCACCGUCCUUCGUUUGUACUCUUUAUCCUUCCUUAGGAAAUGAGGAAAGAUCCCGUUGCUCUCCAUUUUCUACUCCAUUUUGUUUUUCUCUGGCGCUCUUAACGAGCGAUCUUACCAAGCAUACUUUGCUUGACGUAAAAUAAUCUAACGGUCUGCGCUCUUUGGUCGGUCGCAGCUGACGGGGACUUCGACAGGGAUCUCCACCGCCUCCUGGGGGCUGAUGUUUCUUUCAUAGCGAUGAGACUUCGUCGUUGCGGCGUUUCCGCGCAACUCGUGGUCGCAAAGAGCACUCCCACGGAAUUUGCGUACCUUUUGUUCGCGACGUAUCUCCGUGGUUUAUUGCUAUCUGCUGUGCCGCCCUUUCUCUGAUUUUGACGCUUUCCUUUCGAUCUCUUCCGUGUGAAAUAACAUUUUUGUUUGUUUUCGGUUUAUGCACUCGCAGAGCGACUGCGAUGUCCACAGCUCCUGCUCUCAUGUCUCGUCCUACACGAGCCCCCGUGCUCACCUCCUCCUCUACCAAGAAGCCCCCAGCUGAGGAAAGUAACGGUGCGUCGGAGGCAGCGGCGCCGGCUACGCAGUGCUACCACAGAAACGGAUCGAACGUAGAAGCAGCGUUAGAGACGCACCCGCCCUCGUUCUGUCACCGCCAUUGCAGCAGCACGAGCCAUCGAACAUCCGGACCGCUGCCCCAUCAAUUUGUGGUGGAGAAGCAAGGCCGCUUCAACGAGGAUGCCUGGAACACCCGCGUCUUCACCUUAGACUCUACGCACCAUCGACUCUACAUAAGUAAAGCCGAGAAGGCGACGGAGUUGUUCUAUCGUUGUAUGGUGCGCGUCGACACCGUGAAGGUGUGGCCCACUUACAACAGUCUUCGCAUCGGCGAGUGCGUCCAGAGUGACGAGGCGAAGCGGACGGUGUGCAUCAAGGGCAUUGUGGGUGUGAAGCCUUCGGCCUUUUCGUUUCUCACGCGCCUUUUUGGUUCCAGCGCCAAGAUGGUGCCGAGCACUUACCUCGCUGGCCGCCCCGUUAGCAGCACGAAGGAAGAGAAGAGGAUCGUGCGGCAGGAUGAGACGACCACGUCGCAGACAGCGUCAGCGGCAACUUCCUCAGCGCAUCGAGAUCGUGACCUGCAACCCGCCCCGAGCGGUCGAUAUAAGAAGGCGGGCGGCUCCGCAGUCCUCACAGGGUACGGGGAGUUCAUCACCGAGGUGUGGAUGGUACGCACGAUGACGACCGCCGAUCUCCAUCUGCUGGCACGGGCGCUGCGACGGGCGGUGCCGGACACGUGCGUCCUGACCGGAUUCCACAGAGCAGGGGACUCGUCCCACCCACCAGCCACCGAUGUGUAA